CUCACUCUCUCUUAUACUGAAUCCAUAUAUAGAGAGAGAGAGAGAGAGAGUGAAAAUGGUGGUGGAUGGCUCGUUCAAGAAACCAGGAACCGUUCCAUUUAAGUGGGAAGUCCGACCCGGUGUGCCCAAGAGCAACGGGUCGGAUCUUCUCCAACUACCAUACCGUGAAGAGGAGGAGCAGGCGCCGAGCAAUCACAGCCGUCCAGAUUUACAUUUACACACCCCGAGGAUGCUCAGGCCUCCGCCGGCCGGCCGGCUUUACUACCAGCCUACACCGGCGGUGGAGCCCCGCUCCCGGUCUUUCAGGUCCGCGCCGCGCACUCGAUCGGAGCGCUACCGUUUUGACCUAUCUGGCAUUACCCAGCCCGUCGCCCGGUGCUUCCCGUCCCCAUUGCUAAAGCGCGCAACCGCGAAGGCCCUGCCGGAGCCCGAACCGGAUUACUGCUCCGACCUGGAGACGCUGCCCAGAUGGUCCGCUUCGAGCAGGAAAUCUGUUUCCCCGUUCUCCCAGUCGCCCGUAUCUUCAUCAUUUUCGUCGAAUGAAUCGUCGUCGCCCCGGCCCGUAAACGACGCCGAAUGGGCCGGCUUCGCUCUGUUUUAAGUAUAGUUCGUAAUGUGUUGAGUUGUUGAGGCGGUUCACUGUCGUGUUACGCCCAGUCAAUGCAUAUGACGGUGACGAAAACCAUGGAUCGCUGAAAUUAAUUUUGUUAAUUUUCUUGAAUUGGAAAGGAAAGUUCUUAAGUUUGUAUCAUUAACU